AUGCGGCAUUGCUCCUCCUCGAUCCCCAUUGUUUACAGUCCUGAUCCAAGCCCGCGAGGGCUGCGAGGUAGGGCUGCUGGUGCCGGUGGACCCCCCAGUGGCCCGCCUUCGGCGGGCCAGCCGGAAGAACACCCCAAGGCGUCCGAUACAGCUAGGAGUCCAUACACGCACUGCAUGCUCGCUGGGGGUAUUGGUGGUGUGAUUGGAGACUCUGUGAUGCACAGUUUGGACACAGUAAAGACCCGUCAGCAAGGCACUGCGAUGACGCUGAAGUACAGGGACAUGUGGCAUGCUUACCGGACUGUCGUUGUUGAGGAAGGUGUCAUCAGAGGUUUGUACGGUGGGUACGCUGCUGCGAUGCUCGGGUCGUUCCCCAGUGCGGCGAUCUUCUUUGGGUCGUACGAGUACACAAAGCGCACGAUGCUCGACCACUGGCAGAUCAACGAGUCCCUGUGCCACCUGGUGGCCGGGUUUGUCGGGGACCUCGUAUCGAGCUUCGCGUACGUGCCCUCCGAGGUGUUCAAGACGCGAUUACAACUGCAAGGGCGGUACAACAACACACAUUUUUACUCUGGGUACAACUACCGGAACCUGCGGGACGCGAUCCGCACCAUCGUCAAGGAAGAGGGUCCCGGGGCCCUCUUCUUCGGAUACAAAGCAACGCUCUCCCGAGACCUACCCUUCAGCGCGCUCCAACUCGCCUUCUACGAGAAGUUCAGGAAGUGGGCCUUCCUCUAUGAGGGCAAGACCGCCGACCAGCACAACCUGUCAAUAUCGUAUGAGGUAGCCACAGGUGCGUGCGCAGGUGGGCUUGCAGGUAUCAUCACCACACCGCUAGACGUCGUCAAGACACGGCUCCAGACGCAGCAGCCCACAAGCUCCGCCGGUGACGUGGGGAUGCACGGCGGUGCGCCGCGACCGACAGUGCUCUCGACCUCGAUACGGCGAAGCCUGAGCACCGUCGUGAGGGAGGAGGGAGUGCUCAACCUGUUCAGCGGCGUGGGCCCGCGGUUCAUCUGGACCAGCGUACAGAGCAGUAUCAUGCUGCUGCUGUACCAAAUGACACUUAAAGCGUUGAACAGACCGCAACCACCGCUCCAGCACUCCAGCUGA